AUGGCCGAGUGGUUAGCGUGUUCGUCUACCACUCCCACAACCCGGGUUCGAAUUCUGCAGUUUCUACAGAUUCAUCCAGGUAGCCGACCCCCGGUCAAUCCAGCCGUCCAUCCUUUCGAGGUUGGUAAAUGGGUAGACGACGUAAGUUGUUGCAUGCUGACUGGCGAGAUGGCUCGGUGGUUCAAAUGCUCGCUGAGUCAAACUCAAAUGCUCGCUGAGUCAAACAUCUCAAUGGCUAUCAUAUACUCAGCGUAUAUGAUGCGGUGCUUGCGCGUGCACAUAAAUACGUGUGUACGUCGUGUGAAAAGGAUAACAGCCUUUGUGGCAAAAGAUGGCUGCUUCAAAUCAAUAGAUGAAGAAAAGAAGAACUUUAUAAAAGAUAUAUAG